AUAAAUUACGUGUUGCUUAAUGUUUCAUUGAAAAAUUCACUGUAUUCAGUAGAAUUCUUGAUGUCUGAGACCAAAUUUUUAUUUGUAUUACUCAGGAUGGGGCAUUUACAAACAAAAUUUCCAAAAUAUUAUAACGUUUCAGCUACAAACAGUUAGCUAAUGCAUUCAUUACUAUUUUAGGAGGAAACUUGAAAGAGCUUUAGGAUGAAAACCUGCCGCACAUGUCUGUCCCAAACAGAUGAUAUGAUUUCUCUUUUUGCAAAAACAAACGAACACUUGUUGGCAGACAUCAUAUCUCAGAUAUGUUCCGUUACGAUAAUCGUAAAUGACAGUUUUCCUGGCGAAAUCUGUAAAAAAUGUGUUGAGAAGGUUGAUCAACUAGUUGAUUUCAUCAAUUUGGUAAAAUCAUCAGAUGCUAAAUUAAAACAAUCAAUACACAGUUCUGCAAAUUCUUCGAUUUUUGAAGAAGUUUCUAUUAAGUCGGAAAUAGUUGAAAAUGAAAUAAAAUUUGGCGAUAGCGAUACUGAAAUUACCAAUUUGACCAGCUCUUGUCCACUUAUUCCAGAAGUUGCAACAAUUACAAACAAAAAUUUCAAACAACGACGUUGCAAAAUUGUCAACCUCGAAAAAUCGAUAGAAACGCUUCCAUCAGAUAAGGGGGUUACAAAAAUAAAAUCCGAAGCUUUGGAUGAUCCGUUAGAUAAUGGCAGCUCUAAUGACACAGAAGAUGAAACGUUCUCGCAAACAUCUAGGGAACCUCGAACUAAAAGAAAGGGCAGAUCAGCUAAACUAACUUUAACGGAAGAACCAAUUACUAAAGAAAUAAACAGACGAAAAGAAUCUCAAGACCAAAAUUUGGAAGAUAUGUACAAUACGAUAGAUCUACCUAAGAAAAAUUUUCUCUGCUGUUAUUGCUUCGAUCAUUUCGAUGCUCAAGAAGAUUAUCUGAUGCAUGUUGAAGUUCACAGGAAACAUAACAACCCAAACAUGAACCAACCUCACUCUUGCGAUAUUUGCAAGCGGAAGUUUAAUAAAGAUGUAGGUCUAGAACGCCAUAGAAAAAAGUUCCAGGAAGCUGACAAGCUGUAUGAAUGUGUAAAAUGUUCUUCCAAGUUCAUGAAUAAACCCGGGCUAAGACUGCAUAUACUGCUUCAUCAUUCCACCAAAAACACCUCUGAACAGGAAAUAAUGUGUUGCGCUCAAAGUUGUUCAAAAACAUUCGAAACGGAGGAUGCAUUACGAAAUCAUGCUCAAGAUGCACAUAAAUUUAACAAAAUAGCAUACCAACAGUCCGAUGCGGCUAAAAAUCCUAUAGAGUGCCCUAUUUGCUACAAACGGUUUCCAUCGCAGUUUAGAUUUCGUUGCCACAAAAAGCGGAAUUCGAAGCCUAUGAAGCACCAGUGCUUUACAUGUGGACUGAAAUUUCGCACGGCAGAAGUUUUGAGCAUACAUGAGAUCAAUCAUGGGAAAAGCAAACCCUUCGUAUGCACCAUAUGUGAAAAACCGUUUGCUAGCAAAAGUUCCUUGAAUGCUCAUCUACGUACUCACAAUAAUGACAAACGGUUUGCUUGCGCCGUGUGUGAUCGGAGGUUUUUUCAGAAGGCUCAGUUGAAAGCUCACGAAAUCGAUCACAACAAUGAACCGUUGCCAUUCAACUGUGAACACUGUGAUAAAUCUUUCAAGUGUAAAGCGUACCUGGUGAAUCAUAUGCGUAGGCACACGGGCGAGAAGCCGUUUCCAUGUCGCCAUUGUUCGAUGACCUUUGCGAAUGGUACCACCCGACAGCGGCACGAGAUGAACCACACAGGCGAUAAACCUUUUCAAUGUUCUUUCUGUGAUGAAAAAUUCACCAUGAAACGUUUGAAGCUUGAACAUGAGUGCAAGCAUACAGGUAUUAAGCCGUUUAAAUGUAACUUCUGUGAUAAAGGCUUUAUACGCAAGAGCCUGCUGAGGGAUCAUGAAAGCAUUCAUACUGGUAACAAUGCGUAUCAUUGCAAGCUUUGUGACAACUCCUUCAGCCAUAGAAAAAAACUUCAGCUGCAUCUUCGGACGCAUGAGCCUGCUGUAGAAAAAUUAUCGGGUUUGGAACAGCCCUUUUCUAAGAGCACCUUUGGUUGCGAAUAAAUGAGGAUAUAAACAACUUUAACAAAAAAAUGUACUGAAAACGACAAAAAAUUUCUUAAGCAUCAACUCUGAAGAAGAUUUUUAGUUUUAGAAAGUUGAGGUAAACCAUUUAAUUAUUUUUUCUAAAUUUUCAAUGCCAUUUCCAGUUUUUCAAACAUUUUCAUCUCACUCUUGAUAACGGUAAAAGUAUAAAUGAUUAAAUUGUUCAUCGCCGCGAUGAAUUGUUGUUGUUUUCAUCGACUUUGAUGAAAAAAUCAUAAAUAAAAGUAUAAAUAACCUGCAUAAUUAUCCUUUAGGGAUGAAUCAUAUCCUAAAAUCCAAAGAAAAAAAACUGCAUUUCACUUAUAAAGUUUCAUUUUGAAGAGUGUAUCACUUUAUUAAUCUAUGUUAGUAGAAGGGAGAUGUGCUGUACAAAUGAGCUAGGAAUUAAGAAGAAAUAAAAUCACAUCUAACCUUCAUAUCGCCAUAUCAUAAAAUCAGCUGGGAUAUUUCGGAGGAGUAGUUCUACGAUUGUAUACCGAUUGGCAUAAAGUCAUUUGGCAUAAAGCCGUUUGCCAUAACAUUCCCGGUCAUAUUUGCAUCGUCCCGGGUGACGAUUUUGU